AUGUUCAAAUAUGGUAGAAGGUCAUUACUGAUAAGGCACUAUUCAAUUGGAUCUUCUGUGCCGUCAGAUAGAUAUAAAGUUCAAUUAUAUAAUGCUACUGAAAAUAUUAAUAAACUUCUCGAAAGUCAUGAUCGAUCAUCCUAUAUUUUAGCCCAAUAUAUACCUGAGCCAGCUCGAAAUACAUUUCUUGCUAUACGAGCCUUCAAUUUAGAAAUUAAUAAGAUCAAUGAUGGAGGUAACAAUUUAGAAUCAGUUCAAUCUCGAGCUGCAUCACAUUUAACUAAAGCUACUGGGUUUUCAACUUCUGAUCUUAAAUUUCAAUUUUGGAAUGAUUUAAUUGCUAAAGUAUUCACUCAAGAUCCUUAUAAUGAUCAGAAUGAUUUAGGAGAACCGAUUGCAUUUUUACUUCGAGAUGGAUUAAGAAAUCAUUUAAAUCUUGAUAUUAGUUAUUUUCAUCAAUUUUUACAAACCAGAAAACAUUUCUUAAGUCAUAAACAAUUUAAAAAUAUUGAUGAUAUAUGUUCUUAUGGUGAAGGAACUUAUUCUCAAUUGAAUUAUCUUACACAAGCCGUAUUAUUAUCCCCAUCAAUAUCUCCAUCCACCAUCAAAUUACUUGAAUAUUCUCCAUCGUUACAAUCUAAAAUAAGUGAUAUUGCUGCCCAUAUAGGUCAAGCCACAGCUAUAGGAGCCAUGAUAUUAGGAAUGCAAUAUUAUGCUAGUUCUAGAAAUCAAAUAACGUUACCUAUUGAUGUAAUGACUAAAUUUGACUUAUCUCAAGAAUCAUUAUUAAGAUUAAUGCAAGGCCAUUUAAAACCAGAUGAUCCCCAAGUGAAUGAAAUUAAAGAGAAAUUGAAAAAUAUUGUAUAUGAAACUUCAAUUAGAGCCAAUGAUCAUAUGUUAUCAGCUAGAGAUAUUUUAUCUAAAUCACAAUCAGAGAUAAAAGAGAUAGUAAAAGCUCAUAAUCAAGAUUCAUUAAUUCAAGGUCAUUCUAAGAAAUGGAGAAAAGGAGUACCUGAUGUUUUAUUGACUCCAUUCAUGGUAUCUAUCCCUACAUCGUUAUACUUGCGUAAGUUGGAAAAGCAUGAUUUUGAUCUUUUCAAUCCUAGUUUACAACAAAAGGAAUGGAGAUUACCGUAUACUUCCUAUAGAAAUUAUUAUCAAAGACGGAUCUGA